AUGCUACCGUACCUGUUCCCUAACCUUGCUGCCUUUCCCACUGUCGCUGACCUCAUUACGCAUCUUUGCACUAGUGACACUCGCUACCGCGCUGCGCUUCCCGCUGAGUUCUCUGCCAAGAACCCCCCUCCCCCCCCCAUGUACAUCACCCUCUACUACAUAGUCACCCGACUCCCUGACUCCCUUCGCGUAGUCAGGGACCACUUCCUCACAGUGUGCCCCACCACUCUCACCAUUGACCUCCUCGAGAAGGCCCUCCUAGCGAUGGAGAAGAGCAUAGUCGCUGUAGGAGCCUCUCGUGGUGACCCCCGCACCCCUAUCUUUGAGGGGUGUUCUCCCUCCCCCCUCUUGCCCUCUGUUGCCUCUGGUGCUGCGGCCGACCUCGUUGGUUUUGAGUCGAUCGGUGCUGCGUCUGCCCCUUCGGGGAGGCGCCGCACAGGCAAGGGCAAGGGGGGCAAGGGCGCUGGAGGAGUUGGCAGGGGCGGUGGAGGUGGCGGUGGAGGCGGCGGAGGGAGUGAGGAUGGUGGUGGGAGUGGUGGAAGAGGUGGGGGUACCGGUGGCAGCAGUGGAGGCGGAGGAGGCGGCGGUGGUGGCGGAGGGAGCGGAGGCAGCGGUGGUGGAGGAGGCGGCGGAGGCGGCGGAGGCGGCGGAGGUGGCGGUGGAGCUGGUCCGCGGCUCUGCGCAGAGGAGUGGCUCCGGUGGCGGUUCGCGCCAGCACCAGCACCGCGGCCAUCAUUAUGGCCUGGUCGCGUGGACCUCGUAAUCCGCAGCCACGUGUCAAGCAACUUCUUCCUGCUCGAAAUGCUCUUUGUCAACAUCGAGCAGAUGUGGCCACGUGGCAUUGGUGACGUCAUCCUCAUCCUCGAUGGCGACGAGCGAUUGGCCGAGGACCUCAUUCCCACGUGGAUCAAAGUCUACUACGAGGAGAACCGCCUGAAGCUUCCAGGAAAGAUCCUACAGCAGUGGAGCUACCUCUGGGCUGACAACUACACAACAGCCCCUUACGUGGCCUUGAUAGAUUAUUACGUCAUCUUCAACAUGAAAUUAACGCCCGGAUUACUGUUCAACCUCACAAACGGCAAGCCGUACGUGAUUGGCAGCGCGUGGCGACAGCUGGACCAGUGGUUACCCUCCACCAAGUUUUUCGUUGGCAAGGACAAGUACUUCGCCAAUUUCAUGCACAAGUUCAACGGGCCACGUGUCAUCAAGACAUACGUCCAGGGGGCGGCUUAUUACGCGCACGAGGGCGUGUGCCAUGCGCUGCCUGCUGAAGAGCUCCCUGGGUGUGAUGAUGUGAACCCUUUCCCUCAGAUCCAGAUAUGGCAGUAUGCCAUGGAUUGGUUUGACUGGCCUGCUAUUAAUAAGAUGGAGGCUAACGCUACUGUAGUGUAUGAUCAGUACCAGAGCGAGCUGGCGUGCAUGUACUGGAAGACAUCUCAGGGGGGGGCAGGUGGUGGAGGGGACCCAAGUGUGUUGGGAACGAAUGUGUAG